AUGCGCCAGCAGACCACGUCCUUGCCCCCUCUCCGCGACCUGGACCAGCCCUUCGUCUGGGACAUACGCAUGUACAACCGAUCGUACCGCUUCGAAUUCUCCGACACGGCUUCCCCCGAGCAUUACACGCUGUUGAAGCCCGACUUUAUAGUACUGUGCUACGACAUCAACGACAGGCGAACCUUGGUGAAUGUGCAGCAUGUGUGGUUCAAGCGGAUGGUGGAGUCCUACAUGAAAGACAGAGACGACAUUCCCAUCAUGCUGCUGGGCUUGAAAAGGGAUCUCCGGGAGGAAAAGCCCGGGGUGAUUUAUCCGCAGGAGGGGCUCAAAGCGGCUCAAGAUCUCCGCUGUGACCGGUACGCCGAGUGUUCAGCGACGACGGGCGAGCUCAUGAACGAAGUGAUCGAAGACAUUGCCAGGACAGCGGCCAAGACCACCACCGAAGCCGGAGCUCUGUCGAAUGGUGGAUGCACCGUAAUGUGA